AUGGCGGAAUCACGUCGGGAAAACCUCACAGAGAAUGGAGAACAUCGCUCAUUUAAUAUUGUAACUACACUGUCACGGUUUGCAGACGACAAUUUAAAUAUUUUCCGGAACAUCAGCACUGGACUGGCCUUUGCCGGAGUGAUAGUCAUUGCAAGGAGCAUUAAACUGACAGCCACAUUUGGGUGUGCCUCCGAAAUUCCCCUGUGGUUCAUUGAGAGGAAUGUCAGUCUGCGAGGACGUGUGAGGAGUGUGUCAAACCAAGGGCUUCAGGUGGACCAUGUUCCAAUUCAUGUGCCUUUACUCUCCUCUCUGCUGACUAAACGUCAGCCUUUGACCCCACUAGAGGUUCGUCUGGCUGGUGUGGAGUUGACCCCAGAGGGGUGUAACUGGCUUGGUCAGCAGCUGAGGCCGGCGGAGAUGGUGUGGCUCCGAUUGGUGGGACGACAGGAUGAGACGCUGCAAUGUGUGGUGUCAGUGAGCACAGGCAGACUAUUCAGUGUGUGUCUUAAUGAGGAGUUGUUGCAGCUGGGCCUGGGACGGGCCACGUCCAUUGAGGGUGUGGAUUUACACUCCCGUUUUCACUGGCGGCUCCAGCAGCGGCUGCUGCAGGCUGAGCUGAGAGCAGAGAAGAGAAGGAGGGGGUUAUGGAGGGAGGAGAGCCUGUGGAACAGGGUUACCAGAGCUGUCAGGGACAACAUGCUGGUUCACACACUCAAACACCUGCUCGGAUGGACCUCUAGGAGAAAGGACCAGUGAAGUUUUUUGGAUGACUGCAUGGACUGUGAACUUAUGGGUGUGACUGGUGCUGGGCUCCAUUUGGGGUCCAGUCAGUGUCUGUCUUUGUGUUGUCACUCUCCAUGCUGCUGGGACAAGGCUACACAGAAUCUGAGUCAUAUUUUGUCAAGUGUCUUUGAUGCGCAUGCUUGUUCACACAGUGCAAUAUGGAAAUAUACACAUAAUGAGUCUAUGGUCAUUAAAUCUAACCUUUACUGAUGGAGUCUGCCAAUAUAACAUAACUCAUGUUUCAGAUCAAAUGAAAGGGAUAAACACUGAAUAUUUUGGCUUUAAAUUGCCAAAAUAUUCUGUUCUCAUUUUGCCCAUUGGACAGAAACGUUCAGCUGUCCUAGUCACACUGAUCAGACACUCCCUCUCAGUCAUCCUGGAUGAUUUUUUCUUCCUUUCCCUAUUGCUUCAUGCACAGGCUCAUGUUUGUUUGUAUUUAUUUAAUGACAAGAGCAGACAAAUGGUAUG